CACAGGGGGAUCGGUCUGUGAGCCCUGCUCAACGACAGAGCGAGAGGUUGAAAAGAGUGUGGAGAGGAAAAUAGUCACGGUCCUUAUUCUCUGUCGGGCGUGGAGAAAAGAGACAAGGAAUAUACACACAUUCCUUUUGAGAGAGAGUGAAGGAAGGAGUGAUAGAAGAGAGAAGAGGACUAGAUAGAUCUACUACAUCGAAGAACGAGCUAUUCAGUGGACGUUGGCGGCUUUGCUGUCACAGGAAAGGGAGGAGGGGAGGGGGGAACAAGGGAUCAUGCUGGUCACGGAGGGACGGUGGAGUGUGUGUGCGAGGGUGUAUCGUGGCGUCUGCAUCGUGCUGAAGGAGUGUGUUUGAGGAAGAGAAUUCCGGCGAUUCAGUGCCAUGCUAUGGACUAGGAGCCAGCUGGAGUCUUGCUGAAGACAUGGCCCAGGCUAAAGGGCGGAAUGAUGGCGCCCUGUCAUCCAAUGAGAACACUCGGUCGCUGUCGUCGGGCGAGGUUGAGGGCGUGGCGUGGCAGGGCCCUCGUACGGUGCUCCUGCAGAAGAACUCCCAGGGCUUCGGCUUCACGCUGCGCCACUUCAUUGUGUACCCGCCAGAGUCCUCCCUCCACAAUAACCUCAAGGACGAGGAGAAUGGAAACGGCAAUGGAAAAGGUUGUCAAAGGGGUCGUCUGGAGCCCAUGGACACCAUCUUUGUAAAGAGUGUGAGGGAGAAAAGCCCCGCCCACCAAGCUGGCCUGUGUACAGGGGACAGACUGGUAAAGGUGAAUGGGGAAAGUGUAUUAGGGAAGACCUACUCUCAGGUGAUCGCGUUGAUCCAGAACAGCGAGAAUGUUCUGGAGCUCUGCAUCAUGCCAAAAGAUGAGGAUGUGUUGCAGUUGGUAAGUGCGUACUCUCAGGAUGCCUACCUGAGAGGAAAUGAGCCAUACACGGGAGGGGCGCAGCAUAUCCCCGACCCUCCCCCACUCUGCUACCCCCGUGCCAAGCCCACUUCCACUGCCCCUCUGCCACCCAACCACCAAAGCCCCCUGGACAACUGGCACUGCCGCCCCAGCCCUGUUAACCAGGCAUCCCCCUUGGACAACCGCUCUGCCGCGGUUAACGUAACUCAGACCUCCGGCAGGCCCAGGGGUCCGGGAGAAAACGAGGAGGAUGGCGGAGGCCAUUUUGGCUCCUCGGCAGGACAAGAGGGAGAUUGGCUGCCAUCUUUGGGGCAGAACCGCAGGCGCUCGUCGUCGGCCGUCAGCGCACUGGAUUUCCACUUUGCCAACCACAACGCCGCCAUCGCCUCUGCAACCCUGCCCCACAUGCCCGCCCGGAAGGGAAGUUUACCGGCUACGCGUGCCCACAGCGACGCCAUGUGCCACCAGGCGCUGUCGGACUGGUACUACAGCCAGGCAGAGGCGGCCGAGCGCAUGUCCCCUCGACACCGGAGCAUAUCCCAGGAUCGGUUAGCCGAGCUGGGGUUGGGCUUAGCGCUGGGGCCUGGUGGCGCUGGAGGUCCUGGGUCUAACUCUAUGUCCUCCAUCGCUCACAGAGACCACGGCGUUUCCCAAGAAACUCUGAUGCUCCACCACCAGGCAGCAGCCGCCUCCCACGAUUCCUAUUGGCUGGGAGGCUGGGGGGGAGUGUCCGGACCAGGGAGCCGUUCGUGCUCCGAAAGCCUGCUGGCGGCGUACGCAUCGUACGAACGCAACUACGGGCGCUCACAGGAGACGCUAGCCCAGGCGGCUGCGCUGGUGUCGCCGCACUGCGAGAGAGCCCCCGCCUGGCCGUCGCAGGGUGCCAAGGAGCAGGACAAGGACUUGGGAAACCACCACACGGUUACAGCCACAACUGCAGCCACACUGGCCACAGCCCCCUCCGUUGGUCGGCAGACCCAGCAGCUGCAGGUGGCUGAGCCCCAGACCCAGAGCAGGAGGUUGGAGGAAGAGGAGCUGGUGGGUUACAAGAGCUACAGCCCCUCCUUCUGCCGCAAGGCCAGCCACCUCCUCCAACAAGCCCACUCCUUCAGAGAACCCACCUACAUCGGACCCCACCUCAACUGGGCACCCAGUGCCAAAACCAGCCCCUCAGACUGCGAGGGAGGCUGGAUAGGAGGGGGGGUGGUAGUUCCUCGUCCUUCCUCCACCCCGGCCGUCAUCCCUUCUUCGUCGGAGGAUGAGAGAGUGCUGGGGGAGGAUAGGGGGGAGUCGAGGGAGACGGUGUCUCCUCUCCCUCUGGGCCAGGAGGUGGUGCUGAGGCAGAAGCCCCCUAUGGGGCGUCGGACCCCCGUGCAGGCCCUCCGUCACCCCCUCUACGCCCUCCCAGUGGAUCCGGCCGAGCCCCCUGUCGGGCUGCUGCCCUCCCCAAACAACCCCACUGCAGGGACACCCUCGCCCGUCUCUGGGGGUACCAGAAUGGGGGACAGUCUAAGGAGGCCCAACGGUAGCCUGCAACCCCACCACAGCACACCCGACUCCCUGGCCUCCAUUCCCUUUAUAGAUGACCCCAUCAGCCCUAGCGCUGACCUACGUGCCCGCCACGUGCCCGCCUGCUCCGUGGUGUCCUCCUCCAGUGCCCCGUGCCCUCUUGUGUCCUCUUUGCCCUGUGCCCUCACCCCUAGUUCCACUACUGUCUCCCCUGUCACCCUCUCCUCCUCUACCUCCCCCCUCGUCAAACUCCGCUCCCAGGACAGCAGCAGUAUCAAAAGCCGCCGUUCCUCCUACCUGCUGGCCAUUACCACGGAGCGCUCCAAGUCAUGUGACGAGGGCCUCAACACCUUCCGGGAGGAAGGCCGUGUCUUCUCGAGACUACCAAAAAGGGUCAAGAGCUUUUUCACUGAUGGGUCUCUGGAGAGUCUACGUGCUGCAGAGGAGGCGCGGUCGAAACGUCACUCCACCUCCGAGCUGGGGACCAUCACCUUCAGUGACGUACGCAAGGACGGCUGGCUUCACUACAAACAGAUCCUCACGGAGAAGGGAAAAAAGGUGGGCGGCGGCAUGCGUCCAUGGAAGCACGUCUUCUCCGUGCUGCGCUCCCACUGCCUUUUGCUCUACAAAGACAAGCGGGAGGCGGUCCUCCACGGGGCGGGGGCGGGACCUGGCCACGGGGAGGACGAGCACCCUCCAAUCAGCAUCCGCGGCUGCCUGAUUGACAUUGCCUAUAGCGAAACCAAGCGUAAGCACACUCUGAGGCUGACCACUCAGGACUUCUGUGAGUACCUGUUGCAGGCGGAGGACAGGGAUGACAUGCUGGGCUGGAUCCGGGUCAUCAGAGAGAACAGCAAGACAGACAACGAGGAGCUGGGUUUUUCCAGACAAGCGCUCAUCAGCAAGAAGCUCAAUGACUACAGGAAACAAACUACAACAGGCAAUAAGCCAGACACCUCUCCCAGGGCCCAUCGCAUGAUGCCCCCCUUCCUCCUGGCCAAGACAGACAACGCUUUCAUGAACCGCUCCUCCAGCAAGGAUGAGAGCAAGGGUCCAUGGGGUAUCAUCAUGAAGAAAGCAAAGAAGACAGGCCCCAAGGUGUUUGGUGUGCGACUUGAGGACUGUCAACCUGCUGUUAACAACAAGUUUGUCCCUCUGAUUGUGGAGCUGUGCUGUGGGCUGGUGGAGAGCAUGGGUCUGGAGUACACUGGCGUCUACAGGGUGCCGGGCAACAAUGCCAUGGUGUCCAACCUGCAGGAGCAGCUCAACAGGGGCCUGGAGAUCAACAUUACUGAGGAGAGGUGGCAGGACCUGAAUGUGAUCAGCAGUCUCCUCAAGUCCUUCUUUAGGAAACUCCCAGAACCCCUGUUCACUGAUGACAAGUAUAAUGACUUUAUUGAUGCCAACCGGCUAGAGGACUCAGGGAACAGGCUGAAGAGCAUGAAGAAACUGAUCCAUGAUCUUCCAGACCACUAUCACCACACUCUAAAGUUCCUGGUCUGUCAUCUGAAGACAGUGGCGGAUCACGCCGACAAGAACAAGAUGGAGCCCAGGAACCUGGCUCUAGUGUUUGGUCCCACUCUGGUGCGUACCUCAGAGGACAACAUGACCGACAUGGUCACCCACAUGCCCGACCGCUACAAGAUCAUCGAGACGCUCAUCCUGCAUCACGACUGGUUCUUCAGUGAUGGAGAGGUGGAUACGGAUGAAAAGGCACCUGUGGAUAUUAAGAGGGAUAUGCAACCGGUCCCCAACAUCGAUCACCUGCUCUCCAACAUCGGGAGAACAGGGCUGCCUGGAAGUGAGGCUUCAGAUUCCACCACCAGCGACUCAACUAAGGAUAAGUGCACAUGGGGUUCCAAGAAGGACCUGAGUGCCAGGGACUUCCUCCCGUUGUCAAUCAUCUCCGCAGUCACCCGGAAACGCAAGAUACGCCCCAUCUCCCGCCCCCUGAGCAGCAGCACCGACGAAGACUCCGAACAUGAGCCAAUCAAAGCCAGCCACUACGGGGUAGGGGGAGGAGCCAAGGAAGAUGAGGAGGAUGGGGUUGGAAAAGGAUGCGCCCCUAAUGGAACUGAGGAAGUGGAGGAAAAGGGAGAAGAGGAGUGUAGGAAGAGGAUAGAGGCAAAACAGCAGUCUGACAGAGGAAGAGAGAAGGAGGGAGAAGGGAAGAAAGAAGGGAGUGCAUGGGCAAAAGAUAAAGGGGUGGCAUCCCCCAAACGUCAUCCUAACAGCUUCCUCUACACACACUACCAACCCACCACCACCAGCCCUAGCCCCCCAGUAGAGCCCUCAGUCUCCCCACAUUCGAAGCUCCCCGGCCUGGCCCGAGGACGCUCCGCUGUCCCCUCCUGGCUCUCCCCCUCCAGACAGCCCGGCUCUAUCCAACCUUAUAACACCCAGAAAACACAACAGCCCCAGUUGGAACAGCAGCCACUGCCAGUGCAAUAUAGGAAGACAAGGGGAGGAAGGGCAAGGCCCCAGUCAAUGAAUUUGGAUAUGGUGAUGGGUAAGGGGGAGGGCGAGGGGGGAGUUGGGAGACGGGGAGAUAGGGUGAAGGUGGUAAGAGCCACAACAGAAGUGCAACGUCACUGCAGCAGUUCAGUUGGUGUUCCUCAGGGGUGUGUUGUCGCAUCCCUCAAAGUUCAAAGGAGUUCACACCUAGCCUCUGCUCUAGCCCCAUCUCCAGUCUCUUUCUCUCCCCCUCUCCCUUCCUCCUCCUUUUCCCCUUCAUGGACAGAUCAGGGCUCCCUUGGUUCUACUGUUGUCAAGCGGAGGUCGGCCCUGGAGCCUCGAGACAAGCGGAAAGCCUGGCGCCGCCACACGGUUGUGGUCUAACUUCGCUAAGGAAACUUCAUAGUGUUCAGUUAGUGAUUCAUUGUAAGAUGCCCACUCGAAAGUACUGCCCUUUACACACAUAUUACACAAACACACUCUCCAUUGCGAGUAUCGACAGGUUCAAAGCGUAAUGCCAUACAUAAGCAGUCUCAAGGGUCAUAGUCUAAGGCCGGGAUUUAAUCCGAUUGCGGGUUAUAGGCAUUGAAGCUUUUAAAGGCAGUUUCCAGGGCCUCCUGAGUAGCACAGUGGUCUAAGGCCCUGCAUCACAGUGCUAGUUGUGCCACUAGAGAUCCUGGUUUGAGUACAGGCUCUGUUGCAGCCGGACGCGACUGGGAGAGCAAUGUGGAAGCGCACAAUUGGCCCUGCUUCGUCCGGGUUAGGGGAGGAUGUGGCCGGCAGGGAUGUUCUUAUCUCAUCGUGCUCUAGUGAUUCCUGUGGUGGGACGGGUGCAGUGUACGCUGACACGGUUGCCAGGUGUACAGUGUUUCCUCCAACACAUUGGUGCGGCUGGCUUCCGGGUAAAGUGGGCAUUGUGUCAAGAAGCAGUGCGGCUUGGCUGGGUUGUGUUUCGGAGGACGCAUGGCUCUCGACCUUCACCUCUCCCGAGUCCAUAUGGGAGUUGCAGCGAUGGGACAAGACUGUAAUUACCAAUUGGAUUCCACAAAAAUUAGGGAGAAAAAAGUGGUAAAAAAUUAUAAUAAACUGACAUAUGCAGCGUUUACCAUGAAUGGGAUCUCCGGGAACGCAGGAAAAUUGCCUUUAAAAGCCGCAAUGCCUAUACCCUGAAAUUGUUUUGAAUCCCAGCAUAAGCCUACGCUGUCGACUUUAAACCCCAACAGCACCCACUUUUUCAUACUAUUAUGCUGUCCCAGCUGUACAAGUUUGGUUCUCUUUCCAGUUUUAUGGUUUGGGAUGGCACAAUAGUGGCAAAUGUUAUUUAAGGACCAGCUUAGGCAAUGUGUUAGCAUCUAGUUAACUUGUUAGCAUCUUCUCCAUAGACUAGUACUGCCCUCCCUGCCCUUUACUAAGCUCUUCCAAAGCCCCACUGUGGAUCAACAGGGAACUACAUGGAUCCCUCAGGGCAAAAUACAUGCAUUGGAAUACGUUUUACUCCUCUGGAACUCUAAACCCAUGUGGGCCACUGUGCCAAAGCUUCCUUGGACAAUUGAAUAUGAUAACGCAUGUUCCAAAUAUGGGGGAUCUUACAUAUGCAAAGCCUACGUGUUUUAACACAAGCCUAUUGUAUCUGCCUGUGCAUGUGGAGGAGCCAGACCUCUUCAGUCCUCCAUUGCAGGAAAAAGGUGUCUAUGGCAGCUAAUUUAAGUCAUGCCAAACUCAUUUUGACGAUUGGGGCCAUUCAAUCAUAUCGAUACUGGGAAGCCAAGAAAGGCAUGAUAAAAAGAGUUGAGAAGCACUUACACAUGCCAAGAGUUGCUCCGGUUGUUAUCAGUAUUACAGAGACAGCAUUUUCAUUUUGAGCAGUUGAUGAAGUGGUGGUUUGGAGAUACCUCGGUCCUCCUCCGAAAUAUUUCUCCCAUGAUCUAAAGAACCCUGGAGUCUUAACUGUUUUAAGGUUUUCAUUUUGCAUUUUAGAUAUUUUUCCUGUUUCUUCUUUCAUGUACUGAUCAUUAUGAACCAUAGUUAUAAACUGGGUCUGAAAACCAACAUGGAGAUGAAGAUUAACCAAACUGCACUGCCAACCAAUGUCCUCCAAGCUACCCACUCCAUGGUCUCUUCCAUAGCUAUACGACUCAAUCUGUCCCUGUCUGUCUGUGUGUGCCCAUGUGCAUGUACUGUAUGUCCGUGGGUGAUUGUGCGUGGACCAAUUUUGUAACAGUUGUACAAAGCUUGUUAAGUUAACCUGUGUAUAUAUUAUACAUAAUAUAUUAAAUUAUUUGUUUUGAAAUUUG